AUGGGCAACAGCGCGGGCCGCAGCGACUUCGAGUGGGUCUACACGGACCAGCCUCACACGCAGCGGCGCAAAGAGAUGCUCGCCAAGUACCCGGCCAUCAAGGCCCUGAUGCGGCCGGACCCCCACCUCAAGUGGACGGUAACGGGAAUGGUGCUGGUGCAGCUGCUGGCCUGCUGGCUGGCGCGGGGGCUGGCAUGGCGCUGGCUCUUCUUCUGGGCCUACGCCUUCGGGGGCUGUGUGAACCACUCGCUGACGCUGGCCAUCCAUGACAUCUCGCACAACACCGCCUUCGGCACGGGCCGUGCUGCCUGCAACCGCUGGUUCGCCAUCUUCGCCAACCUGCCCAUAGGCCUGCCCUACGCCGCCUCCUUCAAGAAGUAUCACGUGGACCACCACCGCUACCUGGGCGGCGACGGGCUGGAUGUGGAUGUGCCCACGCGCUUCGAGGGCUGGCUCUUCUGCACUCCGGCCCGCAAGCUGCUCUGGCUGGUCCUGCAGCCAUUCUUCUACUCACUGCGGCCGCUCUGCGUGCACCCCAAGGCCGUGACCCGCAUGGAGCUGUGCAACGCCCUGGUGCAGCUGGCGGCCGACGCCACCAUCUAUGCCCUCUGGGGGCUCAAGCCCAUGGUCUACCUACUGGCCAGCUCCCUGCUGGGCCUGGGCCUGCACCCCAUCUCGGGCCACUUUGUGGCUGAGCACUACAUGUUCCUCAAGGGCCAUGAGACCUACUCCUACUACGGGCCCCUCAACUGGAUCACCUUCAACGUGGGCUACCACAUGGAACAUCAUGACUUCCCCAGCAUCCCCGGCUGCAACCUGCCCCUGGUACGGAAGAUCGCGCCCGAGUACUACGACCACCUGCCCCAGCACCACUCGUGGGUGAAGGUGCUCUGGGAUUUUGUGUUCGACGACUCCCUGGGGCCCUUCGCGCGGGUGAAGCGGGUGUGCAAGCUGGCGGAGAACCGCCUGUGAGCCCGACGGCCGGCCGGCGCCCUGGGGCCGUGCGCUCCGCUGCUGCCCCGCCCCGGCCGCUGGAUGCAGGGCUGGCUGUCACCAUCCCACGGCCUAGUGCCCAGAACUGGUUUGGCUGCAUUUGGUUCCCGCGCCCUGAGCCACUGCUCUUUUACCCCGGGGCCCAGAGACAACA